AUGUCUUCAAUAUUGAAUAUUUGGAUAAAGAAAUAUGGUCUUAGUAAUUUAUCGUGUUUCAUGGAGAAGAUUAUUAUUCCUGUUGAUUCAUUAAGUAUUACAUCGUUAAACUGUCUAAAUUUUUGGAAAUCCAAGGAUUAUCGUUUCUUCUUGCUCUUUAUAUCAUUUCCAUUAAUACUUGCAUAUGGAACAGAUGAAGUUAUUGAUCAUUUUAUGCUUUACUUCGUUAGUAUUCGAGUUUUGCAUUUCUAUGAAAGCAUCCAAGACGUUAUGAUCGUGAAGCCUCUUCUAGAUAAAUAUCGUGAAGACAUUUCACACAUAUAUGGUGAUGAAAAACUUCAAUUGUACAGCUUACAUGCCCAUAAAUAUCUUAUUGAACAAGUAUUAUCACAUGGAGCUUUAUUUGCACAUGGAUGUUUCGGUGAUGAAAGCUUUUUGGGAACCUUAAAAAGAAGUAGAAGAGGCAACCGGAGAAUACCAUAUCAAAUAUUAAAAUCGUAUUUAUUACGUGAUUGUAUAUUGAAUGAUGAGCAUCCAAAAACCACUGUUAAUAGCAUAUUUUUAGACGAAAAAAUCUCCGAUAAUUCUUACUUAAAUUUAAAUGUUCAUCAAAAUUAUUUCAUUCCAUUUCAAAAAUUAUUUCAACUUCAAUUUAACGAGAAAAUAGAUGAAAAUUUUUCUGUAUAUUGUCGGUAUCAACGUGGCAUGGUUAAGUUUAGUUCAUUAUUGUAUAAUAGAAUCAGUUCGCAAUUGACUAAUAUAGUUUCUUUCAAAAAUGCACUAUGUCCUGUAAACAAAAAAAAAUGCUUUGCAAUUAUUAUUUGGUAUUUUGAAUAUGAAAAUAUAACCUAUGCAUUUAUUAAAUCCUUACAAUGUAUUAAUAAAGUUCUAAGAACAACACGCACUGAUCAACUGGGAAAUAUUGCCCAUUCAUUUCUUAAUAGAUUUUUCAGUGUUAUGGACAUUGAUAUGUUUGAUCUUUCCAUCAUACGUGUACAACAAAUUUUGCACCAUUGUGUUGUGAUUCCAUUUCGCGAUGCAUGUCUAUUUUCAGAAAUUCUUUGCACUUAUGAACAUGAUUAA